AUCUUUACAGUUAGUUUUUUGCCGAUUUCGCCGCGCCUGGAAGCGGAAGUUGCGGAAGGUUCGUGGUCCCCGGAUACCAAAACGUCAGAAUUUGUCCGAAUUUCGUACUGUUAGCUCACUGGAUUUCCAACUUGCGUCCGCCGUUCGAUUUGGAAUUUGCAUAUCCUGUGAACCGAAAGCGAUUGCAAGCGGAGGAGGAGGUGCCUUUCAGGAGGAGCAGGAGGAUUCUUUGCCGCAGAUCCCCUGAAGCGGGAGGAAGGCCGCCACGUUGGAAGGAAAACGGCUUUUCACGGCAGUUAAUAAAUUUUUAACUGGUUCAACAAUUGCCCGCGAGUUCCGCCAGCUAAUGACGAGAAACGCGGCUGUAAGUGGCGAUGAACCCGACGAGGAGCAGACGUCAGCGGAUGGCGCCGAGGGGGAGGAUCAGGAGCUUCAGGAUCGGGAGGAGCAGGACCAGGUCGAACAGCCGGUGGAUGGUGGCCACCACCUCAGCAGGGAGCAGCAGCCUUCGACAGAGCAGCGCCGUCAGAGGCCGCGAAAGAAACUAACGAUGCCCCAGGAAAAGCAACCACAACGAAGUGCUGCCACUGCGCAUCUGGAACAGGCGGAUGCAGAUGCGGAUACGGAUUCCAGCUCCUGCGAAGGCAUGCUCAGCCACAAGCAGAGGAGCACGCGGGUCAGCUACGCACAAAGCCACCUGCAGGAGGAGGACCUGGACGACUACGACUACGACGAGGAGGAGGAGGAGGAGGACGACGGCGAGGAGGAGGAGGAGUCCUACGACGACUACGUACAGUCCUCAAAGCCCGGAGGUCGACGUCCUCCACCGCGGGCCGCCUUGAGUGUCCGCAGCAGACGCAAGACGAAAACCCGUCAGAUAUCCUAUGCCCCCUCGGACUUGGAGCUGGGAAUCGGCGACGGGGCGAACCUGAUCGAAGGCGAGUCCCUGGACAAGCGCCGCUGCAUCUCCAAGGGACAGAUGCGGGAGUUCCGCGAGGCUUUCCGGCUGUUCGACAAGGACGGCGAUGGCUGCAUCACCAAGGAGGAGCUGGGCACUGUGAUGCGAUCUUUGGGUCAGUUUGCCAGGGUCGAGGAGCUGCAGGAGAUGUUGCAGGAGAUCGACGUGGAUGGCGAUGGGAACGUGAGUUUCGAGGAGUUCGUUGAUAUCCUGUCGAACAUGACAUAUGAAGACAAGUCGGGUCUGUCCUCCGCCGAUCAGGAGGAGCGGGAAUUGCGGGACGCCUUCCGCGUUUUCGAUAAACACAAUCGGGGAUAUAUCACAGCAUCCGACUUGCGAGCAGUACUGCAGUGUCUGGGCGAAGAUCUCGACGAGGAGGACAUCGAGGACAUGAUCAAGGAGGUGGAUGUGGAUGGCGAUGGGCGCAUCGAUUUCUACGAGUUCGUUCACGCUUUGGGGGAACCGGAGGAUUCCCAAGAGAACGACGACGAGGAGGAGAAUACCACAUCGCCGCUGCCCACGCCGAAAUCGGCCAUUUCUAUCAGUUACGACUAAUUGGUAAUCGACUUCGUUACAUGUCCAAAAUGAGCGAUUGUCUACAGACGAGUUGAAGUUGAAAUAAAAUAAAACAAUAAAUUAAACCGAUACUCGAGCCACGGACGGUCGACCUGCAAUAAUAUGAACCGCUGAGGAUGUUCAUCAAUAAUCGAACGACGAAGACUCGGAGGGUAUCGCUGAUUUCUAAUACUCGAUAUGACAUCGAUUGACCUUCAUUAGCCAAACAAAUUAAAGAUAACUCAUCAAAUUUAUUAAAUUUAAAGUGAGAGAACGCACAGCUAAUCAAAUUAAAAUGAUUAUUAAAUAUAUAUAGCCUACUGAAUAAUCAAAUUCCAAAACACUUAACCGAUAAACGAUUUACUUUACAUCGAUAUAUGAGGAAAACUAACUCCAAUUUUAAAAUCGCGAUCUCUACCUUUCAACUUAAGUCCAAUUGGAAAUCAAAACUAAUUUUAGCUUGUAACCAAUAAAGAUAACUUACAAUAUCUACCAUAUCCACGGGUUUUUCAACUUAACAGCACAAGUACAUAUAUUUCAAGACAUAUCAUUGAAGACGCCUCUGUAAAUGUGUUUUGUAAGCCCCACUGAACCCAUCCUUAUAAAUAUGUACCCAUAUGUCUCUUAAGCUCCCCCACGUUUGUCCCCUAUUCUAUUUACAUUUUUGACUUGCAUCGUGUAAUUUGAAUACUUUUAUUUGUUUAGGAAAUAUUUGCUCAAUUAUUGUUGCGGCCGUAGAGCAACAUAAAAUAACAUAACUUAUGCUCGCUAAUACGAAAAUUCUUUGAGUAUUGAACGAAAAAUUUAAUGUAAUUUACAAUUUACAAUUUUAAUCCAAAUUUCGAAAAUCCCCAAAAAACGAAA